AUGCAACCAGAUCCAGAGGUAGGGCAAUCUGAUCACUGGCUUCGCACAGCCACGCAAGAAGAGAAACUCAGGCAUGUCCUCAAGACGACCGAUUCGCUUUCACCCAGACUUCGAGAGAUCUUCGAAUUGACUUCAGUUACUGAUGUCAAAGAGGAUCUGCAUUACUUCCGCGAUCUCGAGCUUGACAGUCUCCCCUCGGGUCGAGUGGUCCUGGUCGGUGAUGCCGCCCAUGCCAUGUCACCGUUCCGUGGCGAGGGCGGCUAUCAAACAUUUAUUGAUGGACUCAAGCUAUCUAGACACUUGAUCAAGCUUGACAAAGAAGGAAAUGCUCACGAUAUGGAGGCAGUCAAAGCUGCUGUCAGUGAGUAUAAUCGCGAAAUGUUGAAAAGAGGCUGGGAAGCCGUGCGAGCUUCACGAGGCACGCACAAGGAGCUAAUGGGAAAAGCCAAGGUAGUGUCUUUAUUGCUUGCCUGGGUACCAUUCCUAUUGAGUCUUCUUCUGCGGUUUGCAAUCAAAGGGCCACUGAAGCUGAAACCGCUUCCCGAGGAGAGGAUUAUGUUACCGGGAGAAGAGCAAAUGGGAGAGAAACAGAAAGUUGAAAUGGGAUUUUGGGAACGAUGUGUGUCUGCUAUUUUACUGUUCUUGGGUCUUGGGGGAAUUAUUUCCGAGAAGUACAAACAGAUCUGA